GCUUCCUAACUUUUCUCUUCAAUUCGCUCCAGUACAUUCACCACCUCUGGUGCAUCGCCGGCUUCCCACACCAACACGUACGACGUGAGCACGUCAAGUUCCAAUCUUCUCAAGGUUUCGUCCAUGAAGGUGAUGACACUGCGGCGCGGCGGCGCCGGCGCCGGGAUACGCAUCAAGAAGAAGGCCCGCGGCUUCAUGUGCGGCGGCUGCGGCGGCUCCAAGGCCGUCUCCGUCUCCGACGGCUCCGACAAGCAGUCGCCCAUGGCCACGCCGCCGCCGAACACGUCGAGCACUACCACUACCACGACCACGGGGAGCGCCGGGAACAAGACGACGGCGGCGGCGGGGUCGUCCUCGUUCUCUCCCUCCUACGACUACGACUACGUCGACACCGACGCCGACACGAGCGUGGGGAGCACGCCGAGCGUGGCCGCGCUCCUGCGGCAGCUCGGCGAGCUGGAGCGGAGCGUCCGGUCACUGCAAGGCGCGGUGGCAGAAGGCCGCGGCGCCAAGAACGACGGCCGCGGCGGCGGGAGGCGGCACAGGCGGACGGUGAGCGACGGAGGCGGCGGCGGGUCGGGGAGGGUGGAGGAGAGCGUGGCGGUGGUGAAGGAGUCGGCCGACCCGCUCUUCGACUUCCGGCGAUCCAUGCUGCAGAUGAUCGUGGAGAAGGAGAUCGUGGGCGGCGCCGAGCUCCGGGAGCUCCUCCACCGCUUCCUGCCCCUCAACUCGCCGCACCACCACCACGUCAUCCUCCGCGCCUUCGCCGAGAUCUGGGAGGAGGUCUUCGCCGGCUACGAGCGCACGCCGGACUUCCUCGUCUCCUCCCGCCACCGCAGGCCGACGAAGAAGAAGCUCCCGGCCUCCUACACCGCCGCCGACGAUGAUGACGACGACUCGUGGAACGCCGCCUAAUUAACAAACGCUCAAGUUUUUCGUCAUCGUAGCCGUUGAGAAAAUUCAGCACCGGUUCCGUUAGCUUCUCGAUGCAUUUCUUUCGUCGAUUUCAGUUCGUAUUUUCGUAGGCGUGUGUACAGAACAGCUGAGUGGUUUUUGCAAACUCCAAAAGCCUUCGUUUCGAAAAAGAUGUGUUUUUCCGGAUUUUUAUUUCUGAUAGAAAAAUCAGAUAGCUUUGAUUGUAGCAACAAUUCCAUGGCCUUUUAGCCGUUUGCAUUGGCCAAUCGAAACGGGAGGAGUAAAGGUGGCGCCCGUGAUUUCCGCGAGUCU